GGCAACAUAAUUAAAAGGCUGAUCACAAGGAAGAAAAGGAGAGGACUGGUGGUGCCUUCAGGUAGAGCUAGCUAGCAGCUGUUUAACAUUCGGAAAAUUAAUUAAUGGCUCCAGUAGGAUUGCCUCCAGGUUUUCGAUUUCAUCCCACCGACGAAGAGCUCGUUAAUUAUUACCUCAAGAGGAAAAUUCAUGGACAACAGAUUGAACUCGACAUCAUUCCUGAGGUUGACCUCUACAAGUGUGAGCCGUGGGAGUUAGCAGAGAAAUCAUUUUUGCCGAGUAGGGAUCCGGAGUGGUAUUUUUUUGGACCCCGGGAUCGGAAGUACCCGAACGGAUUCAGGACGAACAGAGCGACGAGAGCAGGGUACUGGAAGUCUACAGGGAAGGAUCGAAAGGUUACAUGCCAGAAUCGAGCCAUUGGAAUGAAGAAGACACUGGUUUACUACAGAGGGCGGGCUCCUCAGGGAAUUAGGACUGACUGGGUAAUGCAUGAAUAUCGCCUUGAUGACAAGGAAACCGAGGACACAACUGGAAUGCAGGAUACAUACGCAUUGUGUCGCGUGUUCAAGAAAAAUGGAGCCUGUAGCUCUGAAAUGGAAGAACAAGGGCAAUGUAGUUUAACAUUAAUGGAGAAUUCAUCACAAAGUGCCAUCAACGAUCGAUACGAGAACAUGUCACCAGAUGUUCCGGUAGCAUCAUCCUCACUUAUGGAAGAAGACGAUAAAGAUGAUUCUUGGAUGCAGUUCAUCACAGAUGAUGCUUGGUAUUGUUCAUCCAAUGCUUCCUUGGGUAGCGAAGAGGUCUCACAACCCUCAUUUACAAGUUAAAGUGUAACUAGCUAGUUGGAGAGUGGAUUACGAAUAAUAUGAUUGGAAUAUAUAUUUAUAUUUAUUUUUUUAUAAAAUAAUAUGCGCUGUUUUAAAAUUAAGAUGGUAAAUCUUUUUUUGGUUCGUAUGGCUGUGGUUUCUGUAGAGCCAAUUUAACAUGUUUCGGUCUUCUUUAUUGAGGCUAUAGGGUGUUAUUUGUGGAAUAAAGGGCAUAUAUAUAUAUAUAUAAUGUAUAUAUUUUUUUUUCUUUAUUUUUUAUUUUUUAUUUUUUAUUUUUUAUUUUUUUGUGCGUGUGUGUCCUCUCUCAAGCUAUUUUGCAUGCAUUUUUUUGGAUCAAUGUAUUAGUUGCACUAUGCGGAAUGGAUGUGGAAGUUUGUAUUAAAAAUAGCCUAAAAGGGGUAAAUAAGUUUUACUUAUUCCUUUAUCCAAUUUUUACUUUUUUUAAUUUUGCCGAAAUAAAACUAAAAUCAAACUCACAAAGCAAAAAUAAAGUGCAAAUAAAG